GAGCCGUCAAAGACUGCGGCAGAGUUUGGGUUGCUCAAUUGAGAAAAUCGAAGUAAAACAUGGAUACGAAAGAGGUGACGAUCAUUAUCAAGUGGAGCGGAAAGGAAUAUCCUAUCGAGGAUCUGACCGAGCAUGACACCGUCGCUGUGCUGAGGCAUGAAAUUUGCAAAAAAACACAGGUCCGGCCGGAGCGUCAAAAGCUGCUAAAUUUGAAGCACAAAGGGAAGCCUGUAACGGAUGAUAUAAGACUUGGCGUUUUGGAACUGAAGCCGAAUUUUAAAGUGAUGAUGGUUGGAUCGUUGGAGUGCGACAUUAUGGAGGCUUCAUCGCGGCCUACCGACAUUGGAAGCGUUGUAAACGACCUCGAUAAAGAAGAGGACGAUAACGUGCCGCUGGAGAACAAGGAGAUCUACCUGACAAAAAUAAACAAGCGCAUUAAGGAAUACACCAUCAAGGAGCUAAAUCCGCCGCGCGAAGGCAAAAAGCUACUAGUGCUGGACAUCGAUUACACAAUAUUCGACCACCGUUCUGUAGCCGAAAACGGAGCUGAAUUGAUGCGCCCGUAUCUACAUGAAUUCCUGGCGGCGGCUUACCAGGACUACGAUAUUGCUAUUUGGUCGGCCACUUCAAUGCGCUGGAUAGUGGAAAAGAUGAAACUGCUUGGCGUAACCGAUGAGACGCGGGAUUACAAGCUGGUUUUUAUGUUGGAUGAUGCGGCCAUGAUCACUGUUUUGUGCCCGCUGCGUGGCGUAAUUGAGGUGAAACCGCUGGGUGUAAUUUGGGGCAAAUACACCCAAUACUCGUCGAAGAACACGAUCAUGUUCGAUGAUCUGCGACGAAACUUUCUGAUGAAUCCAAAGUCCGGUCUGCGCAUCAAACCGUUCUCGGAGGCGCACCUGAAUCGUCACAAGGAUAAGGAGCUGCUGAAGCUGGCCAAGUAUCUGAAAGCAAUCGCGGAAAACUGUGAUGACUUCGACAUACUGAAUCAUCGGCGAUGGGAGGAUUAUCUAUUGAAGAAACGCUCUAGUUAAAUCUCUGCUGUAAUGAUGUUGCA